CUCCAGCCAGCCUGCCGACCUCCCGCAACCUCCUCGGGAUGCCAGAGGCCCAGAGCUCCCGCCAGGACCCCCGGCGAUGGAAGAAGCAGCCGGUGCGCCGCACGGUCAGCCAGAUCUGCCCGCCCCCGCGGCGACCCCUGACCGUGGCCGACAUCCGACCCGGCAUGGAGAACGAGAGGCUGGGAGUCGUGCGGGAUUCCAUGUUUCAGAACCCGCUCAUCGUCAAGGCUGAACUCGGGAAGCCCCGGGAAAGGAGUUGCAGUCUGCCUGGGAUUGAUUUUAAUUACGGACUCUACACCCGGGGCCUGGAUGGAGGGGUCCCCGAAGCCAUUGGACACUGGAACGUGUUUAAGCAGCAGCCCACCUGUCCCCACGAGCUGACCCGGAACUACAUCACCAUGAACCGUGGGGCAGUGAAAGCCGGCCUGGUAACCGCUCGGGAGAAUUUCCUCUACCGUCGGCUCAACGACAUCCGGAUCAGUGACCAGGAUGACCGGCACGUCAAGAAGGAACUGCCCUCUCUCCCACCAAAUAUGACGUUUGGGACCCCCACACGGCCUUCCACCCCUCUCUUUGACCUGCUGCAGCACCGCUACCAGCAGCUUUGGGUGCAGGAGCAGAAGGACACCCAGAAAGCCAUUAAACUGGAGAAAAAGCACAAGGUGAUCCUGGGGAAGCUGUAUGAGACUCGCAGCAGUCAGCUGAGAAAGUAUAAGCCGCCAGGGAAGCCGGAUGCCCUCUGGCAUAUGCCUCACUUCCAGAAGGUGCGCCCCCAUCUCGAUACCUUCCCCACGGAGGCUGAUCGCCAGAGAGCAUUCAGAGCCCACCAGGAGGAGCAUGCCGUGCGCCAGGGGACCCUGCGGAUGGGCAACUACACCCACCCCUAAAGCCUUCUUGGCACAGUAGAAAAUUCCCGAAGGACUCACCCUUCUUGCCCCAGCUCAUGUUAGACGCUCCCCCACUUUUAUGAGGGUUCUGCUUUGGCAAGGACCUCAGAUUCAGGUCUUAGUUUGAUUCUUGUUGGUAAGAGUCCCCCCCCCCUCCUUUUUCAGGUUAGCCAAUACUAACUUACCCUAGCCCCAGCGACCCCCUAGCUAGGGA